UGGCGCCUUUCGGCUUGUCGGGAUCAAUAUCAUAAAAAUGGUAGAAUGGACCGAUACUCAAAUACGUAUCCUCAUCGAUGAGCGUAGAAUAGAAAUGAAGAAUAUCAUAAUUUUGGAAGGAAUCGAAUCGGAUUUUGGGAUAGCAUCGCAACCAGAAUUAAUCGAGAACAUAAUACGAGCUUUAAUGGACACCAAU